AUGGAAGAACCUUCUUCCUCGAAUCUCCCAUCACUCGCAACUCCCGAUCGAUUCCCUUUCCCAUAUCCCAAACCAUACGAUAUCCAACUUGAACUUAUGCAAGUUGUCUUCAAAGCUAUUGAAGAUGGAAAGAUAGCUAUCGUAGAAUCACCCACCGGUACAGGAAAAUCGUUAUCUCUGCUUACAUCAACUUUGACAUGGUUAGACUUACAUAAAAAGCGUUUGACGGAAGUUGCAGAAGGUGAACUAAGGGAGAAGCUCAAAGGAGAUGACCCUGAUGAACCGGACUGGGUCAUUGAACAUUCUAUCAAAGCUAGACUCAAUGAAUUGAGGUCUGUAGAAGGAGCAAGGAAUGAAAGACUGUCUAGAGCUAGAGAAAGGGAAAGGAAGAUCCGACGAAACGGGAGUUCAACUAGAGGUAUGGUGACGAAGAAGAUCAAAAGUCAAGACAAUUCAGGUGCGAAUGAGCAAAGCGUAGAAGUUAGAGAAGAAGAAGAUUAUCUGCCAGAUGAUAAAGAUGAGCAAGAUGAUCAAGGUCCUUAUCUAUCUAAAGAAGUGAGAGAUCUCAUGGAUAAGUACGAAGCUUCUCGACCUAAAGCACAUCAGGAGGAGGAGCAAGAUGAAGAUGGUCCAAAAAUAUAUUAUACUUCGCGAACUCAUACUCAAUUACGUCAAUUGACUUCUGAGUUACUCAAGACAUCUUUUCCUAUAUCUGAUCAUACCAAUGCAGAAGCUGGACCUUCAAACGGUGUCAGCUUGGUACCGCUGGGAAGCAGGAAACAGCUUUGUAUUAAUGACAAAGUGAGGAAUUUAGCCAAGAAUGGAGGAGAUGAGAGAUUGAAUGAAGCUUGUUUGGAUAUGCAAAAGUCUGGUAAAGCAAGAUGCGAGUUCCUGCCCUCAAAAGCAGAAGAAGUAUCGAUGCUGGAUGCUAGGGAUUCUGUACUGGCCUCCGUCAAAGAUAUAGAAGAUAUAGUGACUGUGGGGCGUAAAUCUUGUGUUUGUCCUUAUUACGCUACGAGGCGGGCUGUGAAGCAAAGCCAAAUCGUGACUUUACCAUACAACCUACUGCUGCAGAAGAAUGCCAGAGAAGCUUUAGACAUCAACCUAAAAGACCAAGUGAUAGUAAUUGAUGAAGCGCACAAUUUAAUCGACACUCUACUCUCAAUAUACUCCACCACGCUCACUUCGACCUACCUCAUCAGCGCGAUAUCCCAAUUACAACAAUACCUCUCGCGCUUCAAGAACCGAUUGAAAUUUGUCCACGCUCUGAAGAUCAAACAAGUCUUGAGUUUGUUACAAGGUUUGAUCAAAGUUUGUGAAGCAUUCGCUUCGUCCUCUUCUCAAAAAACGGAUGGUAAAGCAAAGUCCAAAAACGAAGUCAUGAAUGCCAACGAACUUAUGGAAAGAGUUGGAGGAGGCAAUGAUCAAUUGAAUCCUAUCGAUCUAGUUGAGUAUCUGAAAGAGAGCAAAUUGGCUAGAAAGAUAUCUGGGUUCUCAGAGCAUCUACAAGACCUUGCCAUGAAAGAUCCCAAAACCUCUCGGUCAACUAGUCAAAGACACGCUUCCAUAGCUGCUUUCCACAUUGUAGAAUCAUUCCUGAUCUCUCUCGUUGACGCAAGAGACGAUGGAAGGGUCAUCUUAUCGCUUGAAGAAGGUCAUUCUGGUCCAACAGUAGUGAUCAAAUACGUAUUACUGAACCCAGCAGAAAGAUUCAAGGAAAUAGUAGAACAAGCCAGGAGCGUAAUCUUAGCUGGAGGAACUAUGGAACCGAUAUCAGAUUUCCUUCAACAGCUUUUCCCUUCUCUCCCUAAGGAUCGAUUUGCAACCCUAUCAUGUGCACAUGUGAUCCCAAAGGAGAACCUCCUGACUCAGGUGGUUUCCGUUGGACCUAGAAAAACGGAAUUUGAGUUCAAGUACUCCAAUAGGGACAACGAUGCUUUAUUGACCGAGCUCGGAUCCGUCAUUCAGUCUACGAUUGGCUUGGUACCGGACGGAGUAGUAGUCUUUUUACCUUCUUAUGCUUUUUUGGAUAAAGUCAAAGCUUUUUGGACGAAAUCUGGAUUGAUGGGGAAGCUGGGUGACAAGAAGACCUUGUUCUUUGAGCCGCAAACGAGCGGGGACGUCGAGGGCACGCUGAGGGAUUACGCUGUAGCUAUAUCAUCAUGUAACGCGACUUUGGCCGCUGGAGAUAAAAGCAAGAAGACAGGAGCGUUGCUGUUCGCCGUUGUUGGAGGGAAACUAUCAGAAGGAAUCAAUUUCUCCGAUUCUUUAGGUCGAUGUGUCAUGAUGAUUGGAUUACCAUUUGCUAAUGUCGGCUCAAUCGAACUACAAGAACGUAUGAGAUACAUCGAAAGUUUACCUGGGAAUGGUAAAGAUGCAAGUAGAGAAAUGUAUGAAAACCUGUGUAUGAGAGCCGUCAAUCAGUCUAUUGGAAGAGCGAUUCGUCAUGCAAAUGAUUACGCUACUAUCCUUCUUAUCGAUAAACGAUAUUCAACUGCUAGAAUCAGGAAUAAGUUACCUAAAUGGAUUGGCGAAGACGUUAAAGUGCAGAAUGAUUAUGGGAGUGUGGCGAAAGGUAUCGCUGGUUUUUUCAGGGAGAAAAGAGAGAAAGAAAGGGGGAUCAAAUGA